GGUCUCAGUCUCACGUGGUGGGAAGGAGGAGCAGUAUUUACAAAGAAAUGAAUCUCUGUUCUGCCAAACCCAAUCGCCUCAGAUCUACAGCGAAGCUCCUUCAAUUUUCUAUUCCCUAAUUAAACCCAAUUCCUUGUCCCCUUUUAAAUCUAAUUUUACUUCACUCCGAUCACAUUCACAUUCUCUCUCUACCUCUCCGCCCAAUCCAAAACCCUAAACCAGCUCCGAUCGUCUCUCCCGAUUCGCCGCCGGUCAAAACUCGGUCUGUAACAUAAGGCGGAAGCUAUGAAAGAAGCGAAAGCGAACGGUCAGUAUCAGCAGACGCAGCAGCACCAGAACGGCGGUCACUUGUCUCCGUUCAAGUUCGCCAAGUUGCUCGAUCCAGAAGCUUCCUGGGACAAGGAUCAAUUGGGAGAUGUGUUGCAUUGGAUUCGACAAGGCGUGGCGCUUGUGUGUGGGCUACUAUGGGGUGCGGUGCCCUUGGUAGGAGGCAUAUGGUUUCUCCUUUUUCUCGCGUUAUCCACUGGGAUUAUAUAUGGCUACUAUGCGAUGAUACUGAAGGUUGAUGAAGAAGAAUUUGGCGGUCAUGGAGCUCUCCUCCAAGAGGGACUUUUUGCAUCUACAACUCUUUUUCUGCUUGCAUGGGUUCUAGUAUACAGCUUGGGACACUUCUGAUUGGCCAUCCAUUCAAUUUCACUAGGAAUUGGCUGCAUGAAGAGCGAUAGCCUCGGAUACAAUGAGAUAGUUUCUUAUGAAGGCAUUACUGUUUGCUCAUUUCUUUAUGAUUAAGCAACAUUAUGAAUAUGAGCAUGGACAUGCUAUAGCAUCUGAUUAUGGUGAAUAGAUGUUUCAGUCAAUGUUUCUUCAUGAACACCCACGCUAUGUAGCAAUGUAUGACCUGCAAGAUACUGAUGAGAAUCAAAAUUGUUUUGGUAGCCAUUAAUAAAAUUGCCUGCUAUCAAAUUCUAGUAGGUUUAGCUGCACAGUUGUUUCGGGUGGUUGACGAGCAGGAUGUGUUCUAUUUUGGGG